AUGGAUGAACAUGGCAAUCCAGUGCACAAUACAGUGCUGCCACACCUACCCGAUCCUAUGGCAGCAAUGUUGGAGAUGUUUCGAAACUUCACUGCUGACCAGAAGACUUUAGUUGAAGAGUUUAGAGCUGAACAGAGGGCUGCAACUGAAGCCCAGAAGGUUGUUGCCGAUGCCAUCAUAGCUAGGGUGCAACGAUUGGAAGAACAAAGAGUUCCCCUUGAUAGAGACAGCAAUGUACCCAUAGAAGAAGACAGGUACCAGCUCCAUUCAGUGGUACAGAGGCUGCCAGAUAGAGAUGGUGAUCCCAGAGAUGAUUACAGAGAUCACAGAGAUAGAUACAGAGUUCACAAAGAUGAACCCAGAGAUCUCAGAGAUGAUUACAGAGUUCACAGAGAUGAACCCAGAGAUAGAUUCAGAGAUGACAGAGUUAACAGAGACCAUUACAGAGAUUAUCGGGAUAGAACCAGAGGUACCCGUGAGCCUUCAUGGGAAUACAGAGAUCGACACAAAGGCUACAGAGACAGAGAUAGAGAAGACUGGGACAGAAAUAGAGGUGACCAACCCACUUUUGAGGAGUAUAUGAGGUGCUACUUCACUAGAGAAGACAAAGAAAGGUAUAGAAAACACAAGGGACAGCAGGUCAUUCUAAAUCCUCUUAAUCUACCCUCCAAGAUGCGCAAACGACAAACCAUGCGCAUCAAUCAGAAAGGGACAGAUUAUGAGAAUAAAGUCUUACCUGUACCACAGAAGGAAUUUGAGUAG